CUGCACGGUUCGAAUAAACGGAAACCAAAAGUUCUGGCCCAUAAAUUCCAAUAGUGUUUAUUAUCGAGUGUGGUGUUUCCAAGUGCUAAAAUGCAAUCAUUAUUUUUAGUUUGCCUAAUCUUGGCUGGCGUACGAGCGGAAUCCGGGGAGUUUGAGAAACUAUUGAUCCCCGUGUCGUAUGCACAGCCCAAAGCGGGCAAAGCACAACCAGGAAAUGAGACGGCGGGACACUCGUUAGUCGCUCGCUCCUACUACCAAGAGAACGGCCACUCCGAGUGCUCCGUGGGAACGGAAUGCACGCCGCUGCACGACUGCACGGCCCUGAUCUACGAGGUGGCGAGGAGCUGCUAUUAUGGCGACAAGUCGCUGUACUGUGGCGGUGCCACCGAGGAGAUGCCAUACGUCUGCUGUCCGAGCAGUCCGCUGGAGAAGAACCAGGUCUGCGGCAAGUCUUUGGUGCAGGGGCACUUUUACAAGGGACUCGGCUCGUACCCGUUCGUGGCACGCAUUGGCUUCAAGCACGUCAACACGGGCGCCUUUGCCUAUCCCUGUGCUGGAGCGGUCAUCGCGCGUCGCGUCAUCCUCACAGCCGCCCACUGUGCGCUGGCCAAGGCCGAAGGGCAUCGACUGUCGUCAGUGCGCGUGGGCGAGUACGACACCUCCAGCGACCCGGACUGCGCCAACACCGGCUUCUGCGCUCCACGCUCCGUGAAUCAUGCCAUCAGCCAUGUGAUCGUCCACCCAGACUACAAGCAGGGCAGCUACCAUCAUGACAUUGCCCUGCUGGUGCUCAAAACGCCGCUCAACUACUCGGUGGCCACACAGCCGAUCUGCCUGCAGAAGACGCGCGCCAACCUGGUGGUGGGGAAGCGCGCGACCAUCGCCGGGUGGGGCAAGAUUUCCACGGCGAGCAUACGCCAGCCUGAGAUGGCCCAUCUGGACGUGCCGCUGACCAGCUGGGACCUCUGUCUGCGCAACUACGGCUCCACUGGCGCCCUGGAGUCGCCCAAUUCCAUUGAGGGACAAUGGAUGUGCGCCGGCGGCGAGGGCAAGGAUGUUUGCCAGGGCUUUGGCGGAGCGCCACUGUUCAUCCAGGAGAACGGAAUCUUCUCACAGAUAGGAAUCAUGUCCUUUGGCUCUGACAAUUGCGGCGGACUGCGUAUACCGAGUGUCUAUACUUCUGUGGCUCAUUUCGCCGAGUGGAUACACGACAACACGCCACCGGAAUAGGCCUAGCAUUAUUUUUUAAGCACAUAUUUUUCCUAU